AUGGACAGUGAUUUUGGUGAUGCUGAUAGACUUUUGUGGCAGUGCUCCGCGAGGUUAACGCACGUGCUCUAUCCUGAAACAUGCGUUGGAUUACGAGCGGCCGCCCGGAAUGCGGCCUCCGCCCCGCGGCGCGUUGCCGGCGUCGAACGCGCCGCGCGUAGCGUAAUAAAUAAAGGCGGGGCACCGCUGCGUGCGCGCGCACCCUCCUGUACUCGGGUCAUUGACUCAGGCCUGUCCGCUGUCGCUACCAUAACCGUCACUGCCAACAUUGCCGAAGACAAUUCCCGGAAACGGUACUACGCUCUUGGCCUAGCCGCGCCUCGCCUGUCUAUUAUAUGUCCAAUGUCAAUGCCGUUGUUUGAACGUAACGGUCCAAACCAUUUCUCCAAUACCAUGUUGCUUUCGAUCGCAGUCUAA